AUGGUUGACAACAUAGAGAAGAAAGUUCUUAUAAGGGAAUUCGAUGAAGACACAGAUAUUGAAGUGGUGGGGAAGCUUGAAAGGAUUUGUGAGAUGGGGUCUAAAACGGGGGUCUCCAUUUUCACUAACAUGAUAGCUAUAAGCUGUGACCCUUUAUGUAGGAUUAGGUUCUACCCCCUUCAUGUCAUUCUGGUAGCUGAGCUGCUUCAAAAUGGGGAGCUUGUCGGCGUGGUUCGAGGAUGCAUUAAGGAUGUCGGGACUGUUCAUGGGGAAGCACAAGUACAUGUGAAGAUGGGUUGCAUUCUAGGCCUUCGAGUCUCUCCUACUCACCGACGGAAGGGAAUCGGAUUGAAACUUGUGAAGUCAGUGGAAGAAUGGCUGCUGAGAAAUGGAGCAGAGUACACAUUGUUAGCAACUGAAAAGAACAAUACAGCCUCUAGGAACCUCUUCACUCUCAAAUGCAAUUAUGUGAACCUUGGUUCAUUAGUCAUAUUUGUUCAGACAAUUGGUUUCCCUGCAAAGAAUCUCUCCCAAGAUAUAAAGAUAGAGAAGUUGCCCAUAGACCAGGCAAUUUCCCUGUACGAAAAGAGGCUUAGAGACAAAAAGGUCUAUCCAACUGACAUUGACACCAUUUUGAAAGAAAAGCUCAGCCUCGGCACGUGGGUAUGCUAUUAUGAAAAAGAGGGUUGGAAUAUCAUGAGCAAGCUGGAAAGAUCAUCAACAAGCUGUAGUGAUCAAGAAACCAGCGCCUCAUCAUGUAUAAAAUCCACAAGCUCUUGGAUGAUUUUUAGCAUGUGGAAUACUCGUGAAGCUUACAAACUUCAGGUAGGAAAGCCCCAUCCACUGUCGACGUUUCUUCAUGCAACAGUACUGAGCCAUGCAAUUACAGAGAAAAUCUGCCCUUGCCUAAGAAGGCCAAUGAGUAGUAGUAGUAGUAGUAGUGAUCAUUCGUUUCAAAGACCAGACGUUGGGUUUCUCUUUCUUUAUGGGCUUCUAGGAGAAGGAGAGAAGCUCGGGGAGCUCAUGAAAUCGGCAUGGAGCUUUGCAUCAAAUGUGGGUCAAAAUGUGAAGGACUGUAAGGUGGUGAUCAUAACCGAGCUGGGGGUCACUGAUCCUCUCAUAAAGCAUAUUCCUCAGGAACCCUCUAUGUCACGCAUCCAUGAUCUCUGGUAUGCCAAAAGAUUGAUUCACAACGAGGACAUAGAUCAUGCAUCAAUUCUUGCCAAGGGACCAGUUGGGAAUGUCUUUGUUGAUCCAAGAGACUUUUAG